AUGCUGGGGGCCAUUUCAUUCAGGAGAGGAGCGCAGGGGGCUGCGCUGCUGAUGCAAGAGAGAAGCACGAUGGCAUGCUCGAGCUUGAGGACGAUGAGCGUGAAGAGCUUGAGGAGGAUGCAUGAAGCUGGGGGUGGUUUCCAGCGCCGUCCCGGCGAAAAUGCUGGCGAGUUGAGGUCUAGCCAGAGCUCAGCAGAGGAGGAUGAGGAGUACAAGAAAGCCCGUAUGGCGAUCGCGUUCACAUGCAAGACUUGCGAAACGAGAGUGUUCCGAUCGUUCUCUAAGAGGGCAUAUGAGAAGGGUGUUGUCAUCAUCCGAGUUGAACAGAAGGACGGUUGCAAUCGUCAAGAUGGAGGCAAUCAUUGUUUACACCUGAUCGCCGACAAUCUUGGAUGGUUCGAAGAUCGUCCUGUCAACGUGGAAACGUUCAUGCUUGCGCGAGAAGGGCAGAAGGUCCAGAGGCUAGUCUUGAGGACGUCUGAGAACGACAGGCAGCUCCACUCUGAAUCGGAAGUGCCUGCCAAGGACGGGGCAGCCGACAAGGUUUUCUUAAAGACGGACGACGGUCAGACAGUGGAGUUUAUUGAUGACUCAAAGUGA